UAAAAGAAAAAAAAGCGGCAGCUGUACACCAAAACCAGAGUCUCCUCCGUUUUUUGUUUCUUUCAUCGCUCAUCGGUUUGAGCUAACAGAAGAUCGUCAAAAUUUUAACACGAUCCAACCAAAUUUAACCAAUUUUGAUCAUAGAUCGGCAACUAAGCUGCCCAAUUUUUAUUUCCUUUUUCGGCAAUUUCAGUUUUUUGGUUUCGAUUUCGUUUGGUAAAGAUUGCCGUAGUUUCCGAUCUUGAUGUUUGGGGGUAAUUCCUUGAUGGGUUUUGAUGGGUUUUCGAUUAUCUGAAAUGGGUCGAUGAGGGUUUCGAAAUUUGUUGCGGUUUUGUAAAGUUAGUUUUGGUUGAUUGAGAUAUUAUAAGGUUUUGUUGAAAUUAGUUAUAUUUUGGGGGAAAAGGUGUGUGUAUUGGGCCCUUGUUGUGGGGUUUUGUUUUGGAUGAUUUCUGUUGGGAGCAGAGAUGGUAGGAAGGGGUUAAGUUUGAGGUAUGGUGGAGAUAUGGAUUUAGAGACAGAACUUGAAGAAGGAGAGGCUUGGGUUCAGAAUAAUAAUAAUAAUGAUGAUGAUGAUGAUGAUGAUUCAAAAAUUGACCCUGAUGUUGCUCUCUCUUAUCUUGAUGAAAAACUUCAAGAUGUAUUGGGACAUUUUCAGAAAGAUUUUGAAGGUGGCGUUUCGGCCGAAAAUUUGGGGGCAAAGUUUGGGGGAUACGGUUCGUUUUUGCCUACUUAUCAGCGUUCGCCUGCUUGCCAACCUUCAAAGACGCCACCAAAAGUUCAUGUCAAUAAUGCAUCCCCUAAUGAUCUGCAUCUAGAGGUAGGUGGUCGUCAGAAUUCUGUUUCCAUAUCAAACACAUCUCAAACAACAAGACAUGGAUCGUCUUUGACCACCAGUGCGCCGCCACCAGCACCACCACCACCAAGGGGUCCGGCAAUGAACGGUAAAGUGAAGAACGAUCUACACAUGUCUUCUGCUAGGGCUGCUGACAAGUUGUUCACUUCUAACGGUCAGCAAUCCAUCAACGACAACUUUGGUAACCCUUGUGACCAAAAGUCACUAAAGGUCCGAAUCAAAGUUGGGUCUGAUAACUUGUCAACUAGAAAAAACGCUGAAAUUUACAGUGGACUUGGGCUUGAUGUAUCUCCGUCAUCUUCCUUAGAAGCCAGUCCCGUAAAUAGUGAUGAUAUAUGCCAUGUGUCUAAUGACAUCCCUUGUGAGGAAUCCCCCACUAGUAUUCUCGAGAUGAUGACGUCAUUUCCGGUUCUCGGAGGUUUACUAUUAUCCCCGCUUCCAUAUGAUCUCUUGUACUUUACCGAAAAAGAAAAACGGGAAGAUAGUAGUUGUGGGUCCGUACAUAAACGAAACGAGCAAAGUACCUAUACAGUCAAUAAGUCUGAUUCUAAAACAGAUCGAAAUGAGAAAAAGUCAAAAACCGAGGAUAGUUUUGCUUCGGUGGAACCGUUAAACGGCAUUGACAGUGUAAAAAAAGAAGAAUCUUUGGAUUUCAAAAAAGGUGACGCUUAUAAGGGUGAACCAUUGGUUAUACCUAAUGAAGGAUCGUUGGAUCCGGUUAUCGUCGAUGAUGAUGUUCGGGUGGAGAAGCCUAAUAAAAAGAAUAAUAAUAUCGUUGUAGAGGCAAAAUCGGAUUCAGAUGUUUCAAAAAGUGGUAAAGUUUUUGAUACCGGACUAGUAAAGCCUCCAAAGCAGACGCUUGCUCAAAAAGCUACAUCGCAUGAAAAAGACAGCGUGAAAUUGGCGGUAACAUCAUCUUCCGGAAGCAAAAAGAAAUCAAAAGGAAGACACAGUUUAGAAAACGGUCUAAAGAACGAUAAUUCGUCAUCGAAAAAUAAAACUAAUGAUUACGUGUCGAAAUCGGAAGACCCUAAAAACAAUAUUGGGAAGGUGAGAGAAACAUAUAAAGAUUUCUUUGGUGAACUUGAUCCCGAACUUGAAGAUUGUGAUGACGUGGCAUUGGAGGACAAACCGGACAAGCCUAAGGAAUACAGAGAUGCGGAAAAAGGUACUCAAGAAAGUGUCAUUGUGUCCAAAGAGAGAUUAAACGGAAACAAGUAUCCAAAACCAUCAUCGUUAGUUUAUCCAGCAGUAGGCCUGAUGGGCCUGGGCCCACCUACAAUGGGAAAUGGUGGGCCUGUGUCUGAUACGGCUGCUGCAACAGUACCUGCCGUAGUUAACGAAGAUUGGGUUUGUUGUGACAAAUGUGAGAAAUGGAGGCUUCUUCCACUUGGUGUAAAUCCCGGCAGCCUUCCUGAGAAGUGGCUCUGUAGCAUGCUUGAUUGGCUGCCCGGAAUGAAUCGGUGCAGUAUCAGUCAAGAGGAGACAACAAAGGCUAUGACUACCCAAUUUCCCGGCCCUGCACCUACGGUUCAUGGGUUUCAACCUGGUGGACCCCACCAGCCAGGACCGAUACCGGUUGAGCCACUGCCACUGCACCCUGAUCAAAGACACCAACCUUUUGGUCGACAAUCUAGUGUAAAGAAAAAUCAUGGAAUAAAAGAUGUAUCAAACGAACCGCCGAAGCAGGAGAGACCCUCGAUGUCUUCUAAUUCCACAAAAAAGAAUCUACAAACGUCAAAUAAAACUAGGAGCUUGAAUGGUGCAAACCAGUCCCCUGUUGUAAAUGAAAUAGAUUUUCAAGAUUCGGGCCAUUCUAGUAGCUUGAUUGCAGAAAAACACAAAUUGAAGCACAAAGAGAAGAAGAAAAAAAUACGUGAAAAUUUUGUGGAUGAAGGAAAUAACGCGCUUCAAUUGAAGAUUAGAAAUAAAAGAGAGACUAGUCAAGAUUAUUCCAGAGAUUCCAAAAAAAUGAAAACAGAAGAUAAUCACUGGACCCCGAAAGAUCGGGCUUCAGACCAUAACGAAGCAGUCGGUAAGACAAUUAACAACACCUCCGUUAAUGAUUUACCUUCAAGAAAAGACCACCCGAAAUACGAUGAUCACUCAAAAGAUUCAAAAUCUACCUUAAAAGUUUCCGGUAUAAAUCCCAAACAUCCAAAUGGAACUUUUCACGAAAGAGAUCUUGUAACGAAGAGGAAGUCUCAUGAGCUUGAUGAUAAUACGCAUAUAGAAGAAACGAGCGAAAACAGACAGAGAAAGGGUAAAAAGGUCAAAAUAUCCGAGGAAGAAAAAGGUAGAGUAUUGGCGGCUACCUCAAGCUCUUCUAAGGUUUCGAGUUCUCAUAAAAUGAAAACCAACAACCAUGAAGCAAAAGGGUCACCUGUGGAAUCAGUUUCUUCAUCUCCGUUAAGGAUUUUAAACCCCGAUAAACUUACGACUUCUAAAAGAAAUAUCGGAAGCGUUGAUAAUUCUCAAGAUCCUAAUUACCGAUCAAAUACAUUCAAGAAGGAAUUAGAUGUAGGAGAGUCUUUAGAUAAGGGUGUACCCUCUCUUGAAGUUGAAUCCUUAGGGGCAAAACUGUCAAUUCAAGGAGAAAGAAGGAAUGAUGAUCAAUCUCACUCCAACGGAUCUCGGGCGAGGAGAAACGGGAAAGGAUCGUCUUCAAGAUCUAAAGAGAAAAACCGGAGUUCUAAAUCUGAUAUUGAGAAGAUUAAUGUUAAAAAGUCCGAACGUAUGACUGAAAACUCAGAUGUAGAAAAGUCAAAGGAGGGACGAAAUAGACCGGUAGAUAUAGUUGACGAUAAACCAUCCGUUAAUCCGAGUAAAUUUGAAAAAGGGUCUGCUUCAAAUAAAGAAUCUUCUGGAAAACCGGUCUCGAUUCAAGAUGUUAAGCAAAACAACAUGCCAAUUGAACGGGACAGUGAAAAAGUUUCAAAACGCGAUGCUUUGGGAAAAGGAAAACCACACUCGUUACCGCCGUCUGGUAAAAGUCAAAGCGAGUCAACACGUCCUCCCCAACCUGUUGUAAGUUCUCAGAAGGCAAAUGAUGGUGUUGAAGGCAGUGAUGCAUUGAAAUCGAUAAAACAGAAAAAGAAAGAUGAAAAUCAGAACGGAAACCAGUCGGUGAGUGCAAGACAUCCCACACCAAAUGGACAUAAGGGAACACCGAGUCCACUCAGACGGGAAUCAUCGAGUCAGGCUGCAAGCGCUAUAAAAGAGGCGAAAGCUCUUAAACACAUGGCUGAUCGUCUUAAGAAUUCCGGAGAAAAUCAUGAGAGUAAUUCACUUUAUUUUCAAGCAGUCCUAAAGUUUCUUUACGGGUCAUCUUUGUUGGAAUCUAAUUAUAGCGAGAGUGGCAAACAUGGUGAUAUGAUUCAAUCAAUGAGCAUGUACGGUAGCACUGCAAAACUUUGCGAGUAUGUUGCUCAUGAAUAUGAGAAACUAAAAGAAAUGGCAGCUGCCGCACUAGCCUACAAAUUAGCUGAGGUGGCGUACUUAAAGGUGGUUUAUUCUUCACAUACAGGUGCCUCAAAAGAUAGACAGGAAUUGCAAACAUCUCUUCAAAUAGGUCCUACCGGUGAAUCUCCGUCUUCAUCUGCCUCUGAUAUCGAUAACUUGAACAAUCCAGCUGCUGUUGACAAAAAUGCCCUUGCUAGGGGUGUUAAUGAUCCUCAAAUUGGUGGAAAUCAUGUAAUUGCUGCUCGGAUUAAACCCAACUUUUUGCGGAUUCUUAACUUUGCACAAGAUGUCAACUUUGCAAUGGAAGCUUCUAGAAGAUCCCAAAUCGCUUUUGCAGCUUGUGGUUCACAACCAGAACAUUCCCACCAUAAAGAAGUAAUCAAACGGGCUCUUGAUUUCCAUUUCCAAGACGUUGAAGGAUUGUUACAACUCGUACGGGUCGCAAUGGAAGUAAUUAGUACGUGAUUUCGGUGGGAUUGAAAAAAAACUAAAUGGAUUUAUGAGCUAACCACGUGUUUGUGUUUAUCGAUUAUGUUAAAUCUUGGGGAUUUGCAAACAAGUGGUGAAUUACAGUUUGUACAAGUGUACAGUAUUAGUUGAAAUGCGUUACUUUCUGAUACGAAUAAGGACCCAAGAUCCAAUUCUGAUCAAAUAAAAGUAGCAGAUUAAAGAUUUUUGAUCAGAUUAGUGAGGAUGGUUUUGAAACAACUGUAAGAAAGGUUGUUAAUUUGUUAUAUCUUGAUUGUCAUUUGGAAAGCGUUGACGUCAAGUUUCGUCUUUUGAGUUGAUUGUUCUGUAUAUAAUGGAGUUACAUUAGAUUAGAUUCAGCAGUGACAGAAAUCAUUGAGUAUAUACUUGAUGUAGCCUUGAGGAUGGUUUAACAGAUGAAUGGUGGGGAAAUGCCUUGAUGAUGAUGAUGAUGAUGAAUUUGUAUGUCAUUUUUCGUUUGUUGCUUGUUGUAAUGGGGACCUACCAUGUGGACCUUGGAACUUUAUAUGUAUGAGAGAAUGACAUCGAUACGGACACUACUUUCGAAACCUUUUUUAUGUGAAUCUAAUGAGCAAACGUUCCGGCACAUUAUUUGUUUAAAA